AUGGAACUCGCGUUCGAGGACCGACACUUGGACCCUUCCAAAAGGGACUUUUCAGACUUGGACUUGUACGAUAUUAUCUGCAGCCUUUGCGGGUUUGAGAUCACCGAAGCAGAUGAAGAUGAACUCGUCGAAUGGGAGAAAGCCGCAGAACCCGGAAUAGUCAAAUGCCAUGGCAGAAGAGCCCACCUCAUUGUAUUACAUCAUGAUUGCGUUGAUUACGCUGAGUCCUUGGCUUCGGGUAGUCUGCGAGAUCUCGCUGGAGCUGCCGUCACCAUCCGCGGGAGCUUUAAUGAGCCUGGAGAAAUGUGCGACCCUCGCCGCCGCUGGUUGGAGAACGCCGUCACACAGAACCUCUUCCAGGCUCUUCGUGGGCGUCUAACCAAAGAAAUCUGCAGAUAUAUUGCCGUUUACUGUGUUCGCGAACAGUCAAUUCAGUUCAUCCAUGAACGAUGGUCGAGGCAGGGCCGACCUCGACGAGGGUUCAUAUCAGUUCCUGUCCACGGCCACACGACUCUAUGGGCCAAGUACACCCAUUUUGAAGGUAUUCGAUACAUCCAGUCGUUCUCUUACGACUCGCAGGGUGGUGAUGAAGAAAUGCUCAUCAAGGGGAACACGGAGGAGCCUUUGAACGUUUUCAUCCGUCAUAACCAUCUAGGAGCCAACAAGGUUGUUAUAACUGAAGGACAGGAAAGGCCUAAGUAUAAGGAAGUCGAUGAGCAGUGGUGGACCUGUCAUGCUCAACAAACCCGCCCAUUCCACUUCAAGGCAAGAUUUGAUGGCAUCAAGAUCCGGAACCUCGUUGUUGUCAAAACCCCAGGGACUUUUCUCAACUUCGCGUUAGCCAGUCCUUGCGAGAUACGAUGGGCUAUGCCUCCGUCGCCAGUGAAGUUUUCGCCCAAGAUCCCGCUCCCUUAUGGCAUGUGUUGGACUGAUGUACAAAGUCUUGACUGGAAUAAGGCAGGGACAUUCGGCUAUUCUUUCCUUCUUCUUGGCGAAUCUGUCUUGCAAUGCAAUUUCCACGGGGAUGGACCGCCAGUGCCUUACCACAAAUACACGACAGGUGAACCCAACGAUGUCAUGUGUCUGCAUUUUCCCAUGAACCCUAACGAAAGAGUCUCCGAACUCUGGGUCCGCCAAUAUCCUGAAAGAAAGGCCACUCUCGUCAUUGUCACAGGUCACGGCCGCAGCCUCGUCCUUGGAACCCAGCAAGAUGGCCCGGGUGCGACAUACCAUGUCAUCGCUAAACUACCACAAGAUAAACCUUCCUCCAUGUUCCACUCGCACGCCAACAACCUCUCCUGGUUCCAUUUCGAUUCUGUGUUUACCUGGGAAAAGCCGCAAACCCGACACAUCCAACCUGCUUGGAAGACUGCGCCCGACAUGACCAUCGAUACCCACUACUCAUCAGCAAAGCUAGACGGAGUCAGAGAGAUUACCCCGUGUAUAAAAAGAGCGCUUUUCACUUGGGGAGAGGAUGAAAUUAUACAGGGUCUUCUCUUCACCUACGAUGAUGGUACUCGAACUUGUAUUGGUGAGGUUCUGUAUGACGACCUUGGGACGCCGCAGAAAGUAACUUCUGAUACUUUGUGGAUACGAUAUGUCGAAUACAAGGAGGCUGGUCUUUCCGAUGAGAACAUCCACUGCUGCGAUUGUGGAAUAGAGUGGUUUGGCUUCUCUCAACCGCUGCUACAGUCCUUCUCCUCGCACAGAGAAAUGGAUAAUCUCACUGAUGAACAGGACUCUGACGAAGACCAAACUUCUCACGAAGGCGAUAGCUCUGCAGAAGAUGACCGUGAGGCCGAAGCAGAGAGCGACGACGAGUAUGACAGGUUUCCAAAGUAUAUCUCACUGCCCAUGAGAGGAAGGCUCGACUGGGUCAAGGACUCUGACGGCAGUACAUGUCUAUUGUCGCAUCACAUGCGCAGUAGACCGGAUAACGAGAUGCUUCAUGUACUGGCCGAAGACGCCAAGUCCGAACGCGAGGACCCGGUCGUUAAAUCCUGUACCAUUCUGACUGGAGAAAUUAGAAAGUUCAAGACAGGUUCAUCUUGA